AUGUCCACUGAAAUUCCCAAUCAUAUUCACCAUAUAAUCCCCCAAAUCCGCGGUGGAUACAUCAAAUCACUAACAAACUGGGAGAUGGGCCUUUACACCAGCCCUAAGAUAGACAGCUACACCCUCAGCGGGAAACUCCUCGCAAUGGCAGGACACAUGGGCAAAAACUUUCUAGUGUCCGAAAUCGUUGACAGCCCCAGCAUACCCCUCUGCUACCGCCCUAGAGUUAACUGCAUUAUCAGCGUGCUCCUAGACACUAGUGAAAUGAUCCAGACAGACCAGAAUCUUGUGUUCACAGCCCCCAAUGUCUUGGCUAAUAUCCUGCGCAUGCUGAUUGUUCAGAUCGGCAGACUGACUCUUGUGAAUGUUGGAGAUGACAAGGCUGUUCAUAUGGAUAGAUCUGCGGAUGUCAUGGAUGCCUCUAUCGCCUUCCGGAGUGUCGGCCUUGGGGCGUUUCAGGACUGUGAUGCUCAGCAACAGAAUAUGCUUGCUGGGCUUUGGCAGAAAAUGCAUUUUGUUGGCAGGUGGUGUAAAUGUACUCAGUGUGUCCAGAGGAGAUUUGGGUGUAUUUGA